AUGGCGGCCAAAAGCGCACUUGAACGUGGAAUAACAUCAGUCUGGCAAAAACUUUUGACUGUUGUCAACAAUGCCUUGGUUUAUCUUGAUAGUAGAACAGCUGAAUGGACUCACUGGUGUGGUAAUCUACAAGAUCUGAUUGAUGCAGGAGCGCUUAAUGUCUGCGACAUUUCUUCUGGAAGAGGUGGAAAUGAAUCAGAAACAAAAGCUGUGUUUGUGAUUGGUACUCUUCUUCAAAGUGAGACUCUGGACUUGAUUCAUGCCAUUGUAGAAUCAAGCGAUUUUCAGCACUGCACAAUCCUUUGCACAGUGCCUGAAAAUGUGCAUUGUUUUGCAAGACAUGUUGAAAUAGGAGAAAUAUCACCAUUUGGAGAAAUAUCACAGAAACUUAGAGAGUGGAUGGGGAACAUGUAUGCCACUGUAGAUGUCCACUACUUGCCCCUGUUUCCUGCUGUGGUUUGUCCUGGUCUUUUUAUUACUCCUGUGUUUUCAACCUUUUUUCCUCUACUGCCAUCAGACGUACCAAGACUACAAAAGUUUCUCAGGAGUACGGGUGACAAAAGAGUAUUUAACAGCCUGAAUGACUUUGAGGUGACUUCUCUUCCUCAUAAUCUGCAAUUGAAAGUCAAGAUGUUUGCCUUUGGUUUGAACAGUUUGUUUGAAUUAUUGGAAGUCAGUGAGGAUUGUUAUGGAGUAGGAUAUCUCAGCAAAGUGAUAGCUACAGAACUUGCAAACUUACCAGCGGCUAGAACAAGAAGAAAGAGCUUGAGCAGCCGUGGAUCACUGAUUUUGGUCGACAGAACACUUGAUCUGGUAGGAGCAGCAAGCCACACAUUUGAUACACUUGCUGACAGGAUCAUCCAGUCAUUGCCAAGAUUACCACAACACACCAGUGAUGUUGCUGUAGAUAUGUCACCACUUUGCUCUCCUGGCAGUUCAACUCCACACACUGUGGCGCCAGGCUGCUUAGCACAUCCUCGAGAUCCUUCUACCCAGGCUCUUCUCUGCUCCAUGAUAACCAAGAGACUAAAGGAAAGCCUUAUGGAUUUGUCAAGACAGUUACAAGAUGCUUUGACUAAAGAAUCACUGAUACAAAAGAACAAAGGUGUUCAGAAUAAAAUCACAAUAGAGCAGCUGGUAUCCAUGUCAGAACAUUUCAGAGGUCAGCCAAAGUGUUUACAAAGACAUGGUGCACUGCUGCAGUUGGUCAGAGCUACAAUUACAGCAUUGAAGAAUGAACACAAUUCACAAAUGGAACACUUGCAAGCUAUAGAAAAAGGUUUAAUUCUCCACAUUGGAGAACAUGGACCUCAAAGUGCUUUAUCAGAGGUGAUAAGUGCGUUACAGUCUGACAGUAGACAGAGAUUUGUAGCUGUAGAAGAUGUUUUGCUUGUCCUGGUGUUCCUAUACUCACUUACUGGUGGACAGGAUUGCUUUGACUCACCCAUGGAAGAAGAACAAAUCAAAAACAUGCUGGUGAAUAGCAUACUCAGUGGAGAGCUGAAAUGCAACAGUGAGCAGUUCUUAGGGUCGGAACUGUCGGAGAAGACCGUAAGAAGCAGAAUUUCGGAUGCUUUUGAAAAAGUUCGAGGCGUUAGCUUGGCGAGAGAAGAACUGCAAGUGUUCAGAAAUGUAUUUCAGAUAGGAACAGCAUUGAAACCAGCUCAAUAUUAUCCUCUCCUCAAACAGAUAACAGAAGGCAUUUAUAGUCCUGAAUCACCUGAACUACCCGACAUCGAGUUCAAGUCACACGGAUUUAAGGAUCUUAUCAAAACAGGAUUUAGUUUAUUCAUGAAUGUGAGCAAGCCUCGUCCUAAUGACCAUCCUUUGUUGGUUCUGUUCAUCGUUGGGGGAAUCACAUGUUCAGAGGUUCACCAGAUAAGGGAAGCGUUAGCUGCGUAUCAUCCUAAUACCCAGCUUUUAAUUGGUAGCACACGGCUUAUGAGAGGCGAAGAUUUGUUCAAGGACGUUUUCCUCCAGGAUAAUCUGUUCCCAGCUCUUCAUUAAUGAUUUUCAUGAAGUGUGGCUUGACACACAUCUGGCUUGUGACGCCGAUGAGAAGUUGUCCAAGUCGUCGACUAACUUGCUCGAGAACAUAACAUACGUGUGAGUGAUAGUGGAUGGUCAGUUGUUUUCAACAAAACAAAAGAAAAACUGUAAAUUGAACAGCUAAAUGGACAACACACGCAACCCCAAGCCCAUAAUGACAUCACGAUGGUCAAAGAUUCCCUGAUAAUUUUUUUAUUGCUAUAACCAAUUGAAGAUUGGUCAACACAAGAGAAUAGAAACUGGUCAAUAAAUAUCUCCCUAAUCGUUAUUAGUAGAGGCUUAAAAAAAAGGAAGAACCUGAGAUUAAGUACAAGUGCUAAGAGAAGAGACUUACAAAGGACCAAAAGCCAAACACGGCGCAAAACAAAAAAUUUUGAACUUAUUUAAAAUAUUGAACAAAUGCACGAAGGGUGCAUAACAGUUGCAGUAAUGGAAGCGACAGGCGUAGAGCUUCGUCAAAAUAUUCUAUA